CGUCGGGAAAGGAAAGAAAACAGGAAGCUGUUUAGAGUCGCAAAGCGGCAGCGUGUUGUGUUUGGAGUGUAUAAGAUAUGGCUUUGUUAACGAAAUUUACAUUUGUAAUGGCAUGCUGGGCUGUUACAUUCAUUACCGUUGCUGACUGCUCGAUUUACCCAUCAGAGAUGAGUGGCGAUAGUGCACGAAAGCUGCCGUCAGCAUUCAUCCCUGUAUCGCAGGCGAGCACUUUGGGAUCUUUCUACUCUCUCAGUCUUUCAUCUACAUUUCCAGAGGACUUGGAAAUGAACGAGUAUUGCAUUGAACUGCUUCGCAUCUACCGUCAGCGUUACGUGACUUACGCGAACUGCCUGGUGACUUAUGCACGACCUGUCAAAAUCUGUCAGAACUGUUACACUGGCUUCAACAGUCUGGAGGACAUUUAUAAAAACAUAUCAUCUGACCAACCUGGCCCUGGAAAUGUCAGUUGCCAUGACAGCCUGAUGCGUUCUGAUAGGUUGAUGCUGCUCUAUGCCCUCUUCAGCAAAUUAGAUGAGAUAUGGACAUCAGCAGAAUGCAAGCAAUGUCUGACUGAAGAUCAAGAGGCUCUUUCCAAUGAUACUGUUUACUUCAUGGCCACUCUGAAUCAGUCACUCUCCUGUUUUGAACAACAUCAGAGGAACCACACUGAACUGUGUAAAGACUGCAAAGCCUCAUACAAAAGGUUGAAAGAGCUCUAUGGUAGAAUGGACAAAAACCAAACACUCUGCAUUGAUUUAGAAGACGCAAUGAAUAUAACACAGCAGCUGUGGAGUAAAAACUUUAGUUGCUUGUUACCUCGGGAGGAGACGGUGCCUGUCAUCGCAGUGUCCAGCUUUAUGCUCUUCCUCCCCAUAAUCUUCUACUUAAGCAGCUUCCUGCACUCGGAACAAAAGAAACGCAAGCUUAUACACCCCAAAAGAGCCAAGUCCAACAACAGCCUAAUGAAUAUCCAAGAUAAAUUCAGCUGAGUGGAGAUGAGGCGAGGAGGGGAAGAGAGGGCACUGAAUCUUUGGUGCACCUCUCCCGCUAAAUCAGCAGGCACUUUAUGAUGCUCUACAGAUGCUGUGAUCACAAUUUAUUUAAAUCAGUUUUUUUUUUGCACUAUUUGUAAUUUGCACUAUUGAUUUAAAAAAGCCAAUUGCAAGUUUUACUUUUUUUUUGCUUAGCUUUAAAAAUAAGAUAAUUCUACUGGUUUUCACAGAGGAUCAGUGAUGAUUUCAAUAAUUACGAUGCAUGUCAGUAUGACAUUAUUGUAUUUAAGGCAUGAAAGACAUAUGAUCCCGACAUUAGACUGGUUAUGCUACAAUUUUACUGCACUAAGAGACCAUGUUACAUUUGAUAUUUUUCUAGGUAAUAACAAAUGUGCACACAUACA